CCACCAUUCUCCUGCACUGCACCCAACCACCACCACCACCACCACCAUCAGGGUCGGUGCUUGACUGCCGGAAUCCAGUUACCCUCUUACCGGACAUUCCUAUCUCCGGUGAGGUCAUACCAACAAGAAACAAUGGCAUACCGGUUCUCCGCCCUCGCCGUCAUCUGCCUAGCUCUGACGGCCUCCGUCUCCGCUUUGGCUCCGGCUGCCACCCCUGCCUCCGCCCCGGCCCAUGCCGCUUCACAGAAUAAAAGCUCUGACUCCUCGGCAGCCACUCCCUCCGCUGCUCCGAGCGCCACCCCUAAGGCCGCUGCUCCUACUGCUUCCAGCCCGGCUAAUUCUUCUGCAGCUGCUCCUACUGCUUCCAGCACGGCUAAUUCUUCUGCCGCCACUCCUGCACCUUCCGCCACUACCCCUGCACCUUCUUCCUCCCCUACCGCAAACUCUCCUGCCAAGUCCCCGGCAACUUCACCUUCCGCCUCCACCCCCGCCACCUCCCCCACCGCCUCCACACCUGCGAGCUCCCCAUCGUCCACCUCUGCCGCACCUGCACCCGGACCGGCUUCCGACGAUGUAACACCUUCCGACGACGAUGGUGCAUCACCUGCUGGAACGCCGAUCAGCAGCCCACCCAGCCCCCCAGAAUCAAACCUGGGGCCGUCAUCGGCAGUCUCACCAGCUCCAGAGAGUGACAAAAUCGCCAGCGGCGCUGCGGCAGUUAAGAUCCAGGCCGCCACCUUGGUCGUCAUGGCCGUCGCCGCCGCCUGGUUCCUGUGAGUGAGCUUUUUCCGUGAAAGGAGUCUAGAGGCCGUCGACAUGUGCCGCUUCUUCUCCCCUAUGAAUAUGAAGUAAUGUCAUACGGAAGAUCACCUUCUCUUUCUCUUCCUGGCUUUUCCCAGGGCCUAAAAGGCUAAAAGUUGAAAAAGUUUAUAUUAUAAUUCAGAAAAUUUUGCUGUUUUA